UUGUGCCCAAACCGAAGAUCCCUAUCGAGACGACGACUAAGACAUGAGAGUGGGGGGAAACCAGAAUGGCCUUCUUCUUCUUCCUCCUCUUCUUUCAACAAACCAGGAUGUCUCCACCUGCGUGAGCAUGGCAUGCCCGGCCUCUGUUUUCCCAGGAGUUUGUGCAGCGGACCCAGGGAGGCUGCUCUUAGAACUUCACACUCCAGAGUUCCCUUCUGGAUCGGCUCUCGGGGCCUGCGGCUCAUUCUUUUAGAAUUGCAUGGACGAGGACCUGUCUCUGCCCUGCUUGAGUGGAUUUGAUUUUAGGAGACAGCCAUUUGGAGCCACCGCCAGCGAAUACGAGUGUCCCUCCUGCCCCAGUUGCCGCCUCACACACCAGACCCAACCCUCUUGGGGUAGGUUCUCUCCUGGCCCGGCUGGUGCAUUUUGGGUUCCUCUGCGUGAGUCAGUAAGUCCUUGGGAGGAGAGAAAAGCUGAUCCAAGGCAGAAGUCUCCGCAGCUGAACAGCCUGGGCUGCUGUGGCAUUUACCUCUCGGCACUGAACACAUCCGACUUCCGGACUCAGUCAUUUUGGUGUCUAGAAAUUUCUUCCGUCAUCUACAACAGCUGAAGACGCGGCUUUGGAAGUUUCCACGGAAGACAGUGCACCUGCCUGGAUAAGCCAGAAGUGACGUUCCCACGUUGCUGUCUCCAGGGUCCUGAGAACACACACCGGCCUGGGGUCCCUGUCCCCGCUGCAUGGCGUUGGUCGCCGCCCACUGAGGGCUCUUCCCUGCAGACUCUGGACUGUCGGCAGGACGGGGCGGAAGAUGCUGAGUUCCAUCAAGUGCGUGCUGGUGGGCGACUCCGCGGUGGGGAAGACCUCCCUGCUGGUGCGCUUCACCUCGGAGACCUUUCCUGAGGCCUACAAGCCCACGGUGUACGAGAACACGGGUGUGGACGUCUUCAUGGACGGCAUCCAGAUCAGCCUGGGCCUCUGGGACACGGCGGGCAACGACGCCUUCAGGAGCAUCCGGCCCCUGUCGUACCAGCAGGCCGACGUGGUGCUGAUGUGCUACUCGGUGGCCAACCACAACUCCUUCCUGAACCUGAAGAACAAGUGGAUCGGUGAGAUCCGGAGCAACCUGCCCUGCACCCCGGUGCUGGUGGUGGCCACCCAGACUGACCAGCGGGAGGUGGGGCCCCACAGGGCCUCCUGCAUCAAUGCCAUCGAAGGGAAGAGACUGGCCCAGGACGUCAGGGCCAAGGGCUACCUGGAGUGCUCGGCCCUUAGCAACCGGGGCGUCCAGCAGGUGUUCGAGUGCGCGGUGCGGACUGCUGUCAACCAGGCCCGCAGACGGAACAGGAGGCGGCUGUUCUCCAUCAAUGAGUGUAAGAUCUUCUAGACCCCGAGAGACUUCACCCACCCACCGCUCAGGUCCUCCCCCCAGAGACUGCUGGGGUGAGGGAGGGCAGGCCGGCCGGGAAGCUCGGAGCGCUUUCUGGGCACCCCCUGAGCCAUUUCCUUUUGGAUACAGUUAUCCACGACACUUGGCCGUAGAGGUUUGUACUGAGUGCUACAAAGGAGUUCCUGCCCAGUCCCAAGGGCAGACCCCUUGGGAAGCUCUGUUGACUAUUCCACCCUGGAUGACAAAACUCAAACGUCCAUGACAUUGGACAAUGAAGCGAGUGUGCCAACGCCUUUCGUAUUUAAAGACGCUUUUUAUUUAAAUAGUAACAAAAUGUCUAGCUCUUGUGUAUACUUAAUUUUUGCACCCGAAAAGUCUUUUCCCACGAACUCGAAAACGCAAACAGCUAUGUGCAUGGAAGAACUCAGCCCUGUUUAAAGUGUUGGUAUUUUUGUCCCAAGUAGUCAUUUUAUUGAAACCACUGGCCUGCCGGGGUUUAGUAGGUAAUCCGGUUCGGAAAUAUCCACGAAGACCCUUGCCAUUCAUGUUGCGCCUGUUACUCAGCGUUGUAUUUAAAACGCAAUUUUAUAACAUGAGGUGCUUCGAAACCGCCUGAUGAUUUUGAACAGUUGGCGCUGUAUUUCUCUGUAACUAAAAACAAAAGCGUUUACUAGAACAGCCAGUGGUGUGGUAGUUAAGCUACCUAGAUCCCACAUGGCUGACCGAGUGGUUCGAAUCCUGGAUCCAAAGAUUUGGAAAACCUACUGGGCAUGGGUGCCCAGAAUCCUGAGAGGAGAAGCGAUGGCAGCAUGGUUGCCCCCUGCUCCAAGGGUGCUUUCUCACUGUCCCUUUCUCUUACUCUGUGUCUCUCUGGUGAGUGCAUGUGCCCUAUAGUAAAGUGAAUAAAAGAGCAUUUAUUUAUAAUAUUUCCUUUUGCUCACCUCGAGUUAUGAUCUGAUUUACCUUCCACUCAAAGAACUCUAAGUUUCCCUAUCUCACGCACCAAGACAGAAGGAAGGAGGGCCAGCCUGCCCCAGGUCACAGCAGCAGGACGUGGAACAGGUGAGCAGUCCCACCUGGCCCCAGGAGCUGCAGCUGGCCUGCUAGUCCGGACACAGUGGGGCUCUCUGGCUGCAGGUCUUGCAAGAGAGAGGGGGACCCCACGUUCUGUGGGAUGGUGAACAAAUCCCAUCCACGCUCUAACCUGAGCUGGCCUGGCAACGCGACUUAGUAGUUUUCUGGAGUACUUGGUAAUCGGAGUACUUGGUAAGGUGUUUACCUACCCGGGGGAUGUUCAGAAAGGUCAUAGAAAAAUGCAUAUUAUGAAAAAAAUCUAUGCCUGGCUUCAAAGUUCUUUUGUGCCAAAAUAAACUCAUACUUUAAUUGCA